AAGGCGGAGGGGGCGAGGGUGGCGGCGGCGAGGAGGGCGGCGGCGAGGAGGGCGGCGGCGGUGCGGGCGAUGGCAGUGAGGGUGGUGGCGGCGAGGGUGGAGGCGGGGAGGGCGGUGGCUGCGAGGGCGGCGGCGGCGACGGAGGCGGCGGCCCCGGGGGCGGCUGCGACGGCGGCGGUGGCGAGGGCGGAGGGGGCGAGGGCGGCGAUGAGGGCGAGGGUGGCGGCGGUGGUGCGGGUGAAGGCAGUGAGGGCGGCGGCGAUGGCGAGGGCGGCGGCGGCGAGGAUGGCGGCGGCGGCGAGGGUGGCGGCGGCGAGGGCGGCGGCGGUGACGGAGGCGGCGGCGCGGGGGGCGGCUGCGAGGGCGGUGCUGAUGGAGGGAGCUGCGACGGCGGUGGCGGGAGCGGUGGUGCAGACGGCGGAGGGGGCGAGGGUGGCGGCGGCGAGGAGGGUGGCGGCGGUGCGGGCGGCGGCGGUGCGGGCGAUGGCAGUAAGGGUGGUGGCGGCGAGGGUGGAGGCGGCGAGGGCGGUGGCGGCGAGGGCGGCGGCGGCGACGGAGGCGGCCGCGCGGGGGGCGGCUGCGAGGGCGGAGGGGGCGAGGGCGGCGAUGAGGGCGAGGGUGGCGGCGGUGGUGCGGGUGAAGGCAGUGAGGGCGGCGGCGAUGGCGAGGACGGCGGCGGCGAGGAUGGCGGCGGCGGCGAGGGCGGCGGCGGCGAGGGCGGCGGCGGUGACGGAGGCGGCGGCGCGGGGGGCGACUGCGAGGGCGGAGGGGGCGAGGGCGGCGAUGAGGGCGAGGGUGGCGGCGGUGGUGCGGGUGAAGGCAGUGAGGGCGGCGGCGAUGGCGAGGGCGGCGGCGGCGAGGAUGGCGGCGGCGGCGAGGGGGGCGGCGGCGAGGGCGGCGGCG